CGGCCAGAUCCAGAAAGACCUCAGUACUUGACUUGUUUCGUAUUUCGAUAGUGCUUUCGCUCAAGGGAGACUCGCAAAAAAGGUAUCCUCCUGUCUCACCAGAAGCAUUAGGGGAAGUGAGAUGUGGGCAAUCAUACCUUUACUUCUGGUGGGCUUCUUAUCUUCCGGGUCGGCAAGUGAAGAGAGCAACAGAGACGCGAGAAUAUUUGCCUUUUACUCCACCACCUCCCAGACCAGGCUAACUACCACGACCAUCACAGGCCUCUACACCUGCCUUUCGACGACAACCACCCCAGCGUGCCUUGGGCGCAAGAAGCGAAUGUUCCUGCGCAGUACACAGUUAGGCGCCGAGGAUCUGGAUGAGGAUGGAACCUUAAAUGGAAGUCUGGAAGAGACUGGAAAGGAUUUAGGUUUGGGAGCGAAAAACCCUGACUCUCACAGACAGGCAAAGAAGCUGACCAUCUGGUCGACCGCCUUCUCCACCAUCACCAUCACGAGCACCUCGGUCCUCGCCGGGACCACGGUCUCCGCUUCGGCUCUUUGUGCAGCACCUGGUCUCACUGCUGGCUGCUUCGUCGGGUAAUGGCCGGAGAUAUGGGAAAGAACAUCGCCUGAGGCAGUCAACGACAUUGAAGUAAUCUGAGAGGAACUUUGCAUGGUCAGAUUGGUCUGUCUCCUAACUGCAAUCGGUUUUUAGUUCUGUAAACUUUUUUGGAGAUUAGUUGAAAGCAUCAUGAAGCCCAAGAAUCAUUUGAUUAAGCAUAUCAGAUACAGAAAAUCUACCUCUGCAAUGCUGUUGACAUUGCGAAGGAAAGGUUCCCAAUAAUCCAGAAUUGACGUUGACUACCGACAGCUGACCUUGCAUCGUCAUGUUUAGGUUUAAGGAAUAAUUUUACCACGUGCUCAGAGUCUUAACAAUGUAAAUACUGUAUUUAAGUUAAAUGAAAUGAUGAAAACCUUGAA